AUGAACAUGUCUCCAACAGUUUCUGCAAUGCUUGAGGAGAGAUAUCCAAUUGAUAUUUGCAACGGAUUGUUAAGGAAUGUUACGCCAUAUGGUAUUUUUGAGCUUAUCAGAGAUAUAAAAGAUCCCGAGCAUCCAUAUACACUGGAACAAUUAGGUGUUAUAUCGAAAGAAGACAUUCACAUCGAAACUUUUGAGUGCGAUGGAAUUACACCUGAUGUUGGGCUGCCUAUAUUAUGUGUCUGCGUAGAGUUCAAGCCAACUAUUCCGCAUUGCUCCAUGGCAGCAAUAAUAGGACUUUGCAUAAAAACACAUCUUGAUCGUUUCAUACGAAAUCAUGCAAUAAGCGUUAAGAUUGCAGAUGGUGCACAUGUGAAUUACAAAGCACUCAAUAAACAGCUCAAUGACAAGGACAGAGUCAUGGCUGCAUUAGAAAACGAGGUAUUGAUUGAUUUGAUGAAAGAGUGUCUUCCAGAUGUGUUGAAUCUAUCGAAUGGUGAAUCACAUGUAAAAGUAACAAAGUGA